AUGCGGAAAACAGAUUUUGGGCCAUGCAAGCUUGCAGGCUGUAUGGUGUCCACCCCGGCUUCACUCUUUACUAAAGAGAUAAAGCACAUCUUUCGGAGCAGCUCAGAAAGGAGGAAGGAGAAAUCAAGAGAUGCAGCAAGGUGCAGAAGAAGCAAGGAAACAGAAGUAUUCUAUGAGUUAGCUCAUGAACUGCCCCUGCCCCACAAUAUUAGUUCGCAUCUGGAUAAGGCAUCCAUAAUGCGUCUGGCUAUCAGUUUCUUGCGCACCCACAAACUCUUAUCCUCAGUGUGUUCUGACAUUGAGAAUGAACUAGAGACAAGCCAGCAGAUGGACAACUUGUACUUGAAAGCGUUGGAGGGAUUUAUUGCUGUGGUGACACAAGAUGGAGAUAUGAUCUUCUUGUCAGAGAACAUCAACAAAUACAUGGGCCUUACACAGGUGGAAUUAACUGGGCACAGCAUUUUUGACUUCACUCACCCAUGUGACCAUGAGGAAAUUCGAGAGAAUCUGAGUCUGAAAACUGGUCCAAGUUUUGGAAAGAAAAGCAAGGAGAUGUCCACAGAGCGUGACUUCUUCAUGAGGAUGAAAUGCACGGUUACUAACAGAGGCAGGACUGUAAACCUUAAAUCUGCCACAUGGAAGGUCUUGCACUGCACUGGACAAAUUAAGGUGUAUAACACUUGUCCGCCUCACAGCCUGUGUGGGUAUAAGGAGCCCCUCCUCAAUUGCCUUAUAAUAAUGUGUGAGCCCAUUCAGCACCCCUCAAAUAUUGAUAUUCCACUGGACAGCAAGACUUUCUUGAGUCGCCACAGCAUGGAUAUGAAAUUCACUUACUGUGAUGACAGAAUUACUGAAUUGAUUGGAUACCACCCAGAAGAACUGCUGGGCCGUUCAGCAUAUGAGUUUUAUCAUGCCCUGGACUCAGAAAGUAUGACCAAAAGCCAUCAGAACUUGUGUGCAAAAGGUCAAGUAGUAACUGGCCAGUAUCGUAUGCUUGCAAAACAUGGUGGAUAUGUAUGGCUGGAGACCCAAGGAACUGUCAUUUACAAUUCCCGCAAUCUACAGCCUCAGUGUAUUGUCUGUGUCAACUAUGUACUGAGUGAAAUUGAGAAGAAUGAUAUUGUGUUCUCAAUGGACCAGACAGAAUCUCUUUUUAAACCGCACCUACUGACAAUGAAUGCUAUUUUUGAUAAUGGGGUCCCACUGACCGAAAAGAGUGACUUCCUGUUCACCAAACUGAAGGAAGAACCAGAGGAACUUGCUCAGUUGGCACCAACCCCAGGCGAUGCCAUCAUUUCUUUGGAUUUUGGGCCACAAACAUUUGAGGAAACCUCUACCUACAACAAGGCAGUUUUGACUCCAAACAAACAGUGGCCAGUGGAAGUGAAGAGUCAUGCCUCCCAAAGUGAAAAUUUGACCAUACCAUCAUUUACAAUGCCACAGGUUGCUCCUGGCAGCAGUACUCCAAGCGCAAGUAGCAACAGCAGCUGUUCCACGCCAAGCAGCCCAGGAGACUAUUACAGUUCCUUAGAUGAAGAUCUUAAAAUAGAAGUAAUUGAGAAGCUCUUUGCCAUGGACACAGAGUCAAAGAAUCAGUGCAAUUCCCAGGUGAGGGGACAAUUAUAUUUUCUUCUACUGGCUCCUUAUAUUCCCAUGGAUGGUGAAGAUUUCCAGCUCAGCCCAAUCUGCCAAGAAGAACACCCUCUCUCUGAAAUUGCACAAAAUACCCAGCAGAGUUUAAGUAGCAUGAGUACCAUCUUCCAGCCCCUUGCUUCUGCCACACAGAAUCAGUUCCUUUCAGAGAAGUACUGCCAACAGGUGUCAAAUAAAAACAUCAACCCCAAUCCUGGGCAUCUGUCAUCUGUGUUUUUCAACAACAUGAAUAAAUCAUCGUUGCCACCAUACCAGGCACGAGCCAACACCCCGCUGUCUUCUUUGGGUGGAAGGCCGAAUACUCAAUGGCCACCUGAUCCACCAUUACAAUAUGUUCCUACUAAAUGGAGACUAAUGGAUAAAUACUCUGGAUCCUUAGCCAGCUGUCCGUCUGGGCCACCAAUCCACUCUCCCCACACAUCUGUAUAUAAGAAAAGGUCACUGGAGAGUUUUGGGCAACGGGGCAUAGAUAUAAAUCCAGCAAGAAUUGCUCUGUCCAAUAGUUUGAAACUGAAGCGACAACUGGAUUACGAAGAACAAGCAUUUCAACACCUGACUGGGGCGGAUGCAUCAGCCAUUAAUGCAUCUCAAUUAAUGUGGAAAAGAAUGAAAAUGCUGAAAGGGGAAAAUUGUUCCUUGGUUGCAGAAAAAAAGUCCCUCAGCACAAGUGUCCUUAAUGAUGAAUUUAUUUGCAACCCACAAAGAAGUCUGAGCCAACCAAUAAAUCAACUGCAGCAUCAACAGCAGCAAACCCUCUGUGGAAGUCCUGGUGUGGAUCAGAAAUCAGCAUUUUCCCCUCAGUAUUACAAUUCUCCUUAUCAGGACUUUAACGUGCUCCAAUCUCGUAAAAUGUCAGGUCUAAGUCGUCUGCUUGGGCCAUCUUUUGAACCAUAUUUGUUGCCUGAACUGACCAGAUAUGACUGUGAGGUUAAUGUCCCUGUUUUGGGCAGUUCCACACUUCUGCAGGGAAGCGAGUUGCUAAGAGCUCUUGACCAGGCGACCUGAGCAAUCCUGUGAUAUUCCUUGGCCUAUACUGUUCAAAACAGCCUCAGUUUUUAAAUAUAUUUUUACAAGUAGACAAUUUCUAAUACCAAUACACUUUUUGCAAGAUUUUACUUUAGAUACUGAACUUGCCCAUGUUACCAAAUAGUGGCCCUUUUUGAAGUUACUCAUUUUAUUAUUCAUAUUAAAAAAAUAUAAAAUCUACUGUAUUUUUCUCUAUUUCAAUAAAAAUGUUCUUUAGAUAGACUGAUUUUUCCCUACCUCUUCUCUCCCCCUUCCCCCCUACUGCUUGUAAUUUAUAUUCUCUGAAAUUUUUUCUUCAGCGUUCAUGCUAAUAAAAUCUGUGGUGUAAAUGCCUUGCCAUGCAAUCCUUUGGCUGCAGUACUGCAUAGAUUUAUUUUUAUU